GCGGCAGUUUUGUGCCAUAUGAUGAAAACUUCAUUCCUUCCACGGCUUUUGCUGCUGCUGCUGCAGAUAAUAUUUGGGAUGGACAUCCUUGUGGUCUCCGGCCAAUGCCAGAGAUCGAAGUUGCUCCAGCUGAAGGGAAGCUUGAAGUUCGACCCAACAGUUUCAACCAAGCUUGCACACUGGAACCAGAGCAGGGAAUGUUGUGUUUGGCCUGGGGUGGAAUGUGACGACUCAGGCCAUGUCAUCGGCUUAAUUCUUGACAAUGAGACGAUUACAGGUGGGAUUGAGAAUUCAAGGGCUCUACUCAGUCUUCAAUACCUUGAGAAGCUAAAUUUGGCUUUCAACACCUUCAAUUCCACUCCAAUCCCAGUUCAGAUUUACAAGCUUACCAACUUGACAUAUCUCAAUUUGUCAAAUGCUGGUUUUGGAGGGCAGAUUCCGAAUGGAAUAUCAGGACUGAAAAGGUUGGUUACUCUUGACCUCUCAACCCGCUUCCCAAUUGGUCCACCACUUAAACUUGAGAAUCCAAAUCUAGAGGAAUUCUUUGAGAACUCCAUACAAGUUAGAGAACUUUAUCUUGAUGGUGUUGAUCUUUCUGCUCAAAGGAGUAACUGGUGUCAGGCCUUAUCUUCAUCUUUUCCAAAUUUAACAGCCUUGAGCUUGCGAAACUGUCGACUUUCAGGCCCUAUUGAUCCUUCCCUUGGGAAACUUCAUUUCCUUUCUGUUAUCCACCUAGAUCAAAAUGAUCUUUCCAGUAGUGUCCCAAAGUUUUUGGCAAAUUUUUCAAACUUGAGUACCUUGAGCCUAAGCACUUGUAAUCUACAGGGUGCGUUUCCUGGAGAGAUCUUUCAGACAAAAAGUUUAAAGGAAGUGAUGAUACAAAACAAUCAGAAUCUGAGUGGCAGUUUCCCCUCAUUUCCUGUUAAUGGAUCCCUUAGGAUGGUUUCAGUAAGUGACACUCAAUUUUCUGGUUCGUUGCCAGCUUCUAUCAGUAAGCUUAGAAACUUGUCCAGUAUUGAUCUCUCCUUCUGUAAAUUCAGUGGACCAAUUCCCUCUACAAUGGCACAACUUAUGAGUCUUAUUUAUAUGGAUUUCUCAUUUAACAACUUCACUGGCUCAAUCCCACAUUUCCAGCUGUCAAAGAACCUUUCCUACAUAGAUUUUUCUCGUAAUGGCCUAACAGGUCCACUUUCUUCCAAACAUUUUGAAGGCCUUUCAGAAAUUGUGAAUAUAGAUUUAAUGUCUAAUUUACUCUCUGGAAGAAUUCCCCAAUCUCUUUUUUCACUUCCAUCAUUGCAGAAACUUGUGCUUUCGAACAUUAAAUUUGAUGGUCAAGUUGAUGAAUACCUGAAUGUAUCUGCGUCUCAAAUGGAUACACUUGACUUGAGUUCUAACCGUCUAAAUGGGUCCAUUCCGGGGUACUUCUUUGAAUUUCCAAAGCUGAAUGUGCUGUUACUUUCUUCCAACUCCUUCAAUGGAAGGAUACAGUUCGAAAGUCUCCAAAAGCUCAAGAACCUCACAAGAUUUGAGCUUUCUCACAACAAUUUGUCAGUCGAUGUAAGUACCAGUACUUCAGCCUCCUCAUUUUUUCCCAAGAUUACAACAUUGAAAAUGGCUUCUUGUGGAUUACAAAAGUUUCCAGAUCUUAGAACUCAAUCAAGUAUGAUCUAUUUAGACCUGUCAGACAAUGAAAUUAGAGGGGAAAUACCAAACUGGAUAUGGAAUGUGGGUAAUGGAAGUCUGGCUCAUCUGAAUCUUUCCUGCAAUUUCUUAGAUGGUCUAGAAAAGCCUUAUACAAUUCCAACCAGUCUUAUAGUACUGGACUUGCACUCCAAUCAACUGCAAGGCGAACUUCCGAUUGGAGUAGCCCCAGCUCUGGAUGCUACGUAUCUUGAUUACUCAAACAAUGUUUUCAAUGGUUCCAUCCCAUUUGAUCUUGGAAAUUAUGCUCCAUAUGCUUCUUUCUUGUCUCUUUCAAAAAAUAGCUUCACUGGGACAAUUCCUGAAUCCAUAUGCAAUGCAAGCUAUCUGCAGGUGCUUGAUCUAUCCAACAAUAAGCUGAGUGGCACACUUCCAUCCUGUCUAUUCAACAUUACUGGGAUUGAGACUAUUGGACUUGGAGUACUAAACCUUGCAGAAAACCAAAUCAGUGGUAACAUACCUGAUUCCUUCCCAACUAAUUGUGCUCUAAAAACAUUAGACCUCAGUAGGAAUUUCUUUGAAGGGAAGAUUCCAAAAUCUCUAAUAAAUUGUUCAUCAUUGGAAGUUCUGAAUGUUGGGAGCAACAAAAUUGUAGAUACCUUUCCAUGCCCAUUGGAAAACAUAUCAAGCCUGCGUGUCCUAGUCUUGCGGUCCAAUCAAUUCCAUGGUGAGCUUCACUGUGGUAAUGCCAAUCAUAGUUGGCCGAAUCUUCAGAUUAUUGAUAUUGCUUCCAAUAAGUUCAGUGGCAAACUCUCUCCAACAUGCUUCUUGAACUGGAAAGGAAUGAUUUUUGGUGAAGAUACGGUGCAACCAGUGCAACACAUCAGGUUUGAUUACUUGAGACUUAAUAAUUUGUACUACCAGGAUACAGUAAUGGUAACCAUAAAAGGGAUGGAGACAGAACUUGUGAAAAUUCUUACAAUCUUCACAUCUGUUGAUUUCUCAAACAAUAAUUUCCAUGGGAUUAUACCAGAUACCAUUGGGGCACUCAAUUCACUUUACUUUCUCAACCUAUCACACAAUGCUCUCACAGGGAAUAUCCCAGAAACAAUUGGAAAUCUGAAAACGAUUGAGUCCUUAGACCUUUCAUCAAACCAGCUAGGUGGAGAGAUCCCAACACAGAUUGUAAAGCUGACAUUCCUAUCAUUUUUGAAUCUAUCAUUCAAUAGACUUUCUGAUAGUAUUCCAACAGGCAAUCAGCUUAAUACAUUUGAAGCAAGUUCCUAUUUGGGUAAUCCAGAACUGUGUGGUUUCCCUCUCUCAAAAAGUUGCAAAUCUCCAAUAAGAUCCCGUGGUGGCGAUUCUAAGAAUUGGGUGGUGGGCAGUCUAAGAUCAAAUGGGAAUACGUAACUUCUGCUUUGGGAUUCAUUGUGGGUUUAAGUGUGUACCUUUGGAUGCUUUUGCAUAACAAGAGAUGCAGGGAAGCAUACCAACAACUUGACAAAGUUUUAGUACGACGAUUCGGUCAGGGAAGAAAAUCUCCAGGGCGCAGAGUUCGCAGGAACCGAAUCAGAUCACUCUAAGCUGCAACCUGCAGGCCAGUAAUAUAAUCUUGAUAUAUAGUUUGUUUCAUUAAAAAAAUAAAAGUUAUGAUGUGUUAGUAAUUUGAGAAUAUUUAGGUUUAAUUUCUUUGCAGGGGUGAUGUA